CCCGACGCGUCGCGAUCGCUCGUGGUUUUCCCAAAUCUAUAAUAACUUACCGCUUUUUUUACUUUAAUGUUUAUAUUUAUACUCCGCUGUACAAACUAGCAUUACAGUUGUUUUCUACCUUUUGUCUAGUCCUUCAUGAGUGAAUGUUUUAUAUCUAAGUGAUUUGUUUACAAUGUAUACGGAUUUAUUUUUUAUCGUUUUGGCCACAGUGCCAGCCCUCACGUCAGUGUUAAAAGAAGAAAUUAACUAUUGCAGCCCCGACGAGUUCUCCUGCGGCGACGGCUCGUGCGUGAGCUUCAGCGCGUUUUGCGACGGCAAGCGAGACUGCUUCAACGGAGCUGACGAAGCCUGUACUAUUGGAGAAAAUGCGCUGAGUACUGACACAGUCCUGAAUCGAUCAAGAAGACAGCUCUCUAAUUGUCGGAUUAGCCAAUGGCAGUGCAAAGACGGGUCGUGUAUAAAUUUCGAUGGGAAAUGCGACGGUAUCGUGGACUGCCCCGACGCGAGCGACGAGACGCACGCCCUCUGCAGGGAGCGACAAUGUCAGUACAACUGGUUCCGCUGCACGUACGGCGCGUGCGUGGACGGCACCGCGCCCUGCAACGGCGUGCAGGACUGCGCCGACAACUCCGACGAGCUUCUGCCGCGCUGCAGGAACGAGACCGAGGAGAUCAGGGGUCAGUUCAAAUGUCUCGACGGGCGUUUCAUAGCGGCAUACAAACACUGCGACGGUGUGGCGGACUGUGCGGACGGAUCCGAUGAGACCCUCAGAUCCUGCGCGGGGAAGACCUGCCUGUCCUAUUUGUUCCAGUGCGCGUACGGAGCGUGCGUGGACAAAGACUCUGACUGCAAUGGCAUUCGCGAAUGCGUUGAUGGCUCCGACGAAGCGGAUGACCUUUGCGCUGACAGAAAUACAAGCGUCCAACCGGUUAAGGAAGGCGCAUGCGUGCUACCAGAGUACCCCGAGCACGGCGGAUACGUAGUUUCCGGUAUGAAGAACGCGAAACCAGGAAUGAGCUUUGAGUUUGUAUCGCUAAACUACACCUGCAACAAGGGCUACGGGAUCCUGGGCAGGAAUGACGUCACUUGCACCAACGGCUGGUGGAAUUUCACUCCACUACCGAAAUGUACACGUUUCUGCCAUCUGAAGGAACACGUGAGCGUGGAAUACAAAUGCGUACUCUCAGGAAGCAGUCAAGGGUUCAGAACCUGCAACGAAUACGAACCGGAUGGCACCCUGGUGCAGCCGGAGUGUCGCAAGCCCAACUACUACUCCGAGACCACAUUUCGCUACAUGAGUUGUAUUGGGGCCGUUGGAGCCUGGAAUUACGUCGCCAAGUGCAUACCAGGUUUGGUCAAAAACGGCACAAAUAUUACCGUUAUUGUUAAGGAUAAAGUUGAAGUAUUUGUUAGCAAUUUCCAGUAUGCAAGUCCAAAUUCCUCUAGUGAAAAUAAUGUUGAAUACGCAAUAGACGAAGGUGACUGGAGAAUAGGAACUGUUACAAAACCACAAAUAAAUGGACAAGCUGGUGUUGUAAGGCCUUAUGGUGAAAAUAAUGACGAUGGGAUUCCACAUAGACUACCAGUAAGACCAUCUGACAAAAAUAACAUUUUGGAAAUACUACAAAGGCUUCCAACAGCAACGACGCAAAAAAAUAAUAAUAUAGACGUCCCAGUGGCAGCCAGUCCCAACAUUACCAAUCCCGCCAAUAUCAAUUUUAAUAUUAUAAAUAGCACCGUUUUUGUGACCCAAGAUCCGUACAAAGACAAAAUUUUCUUUAGAGAUUAAAGUUAAAAUUUAGGUACACAACAAGCAAAAUAAAUAAUGAACAAUUUUGUAAUUCAAAAUAAAUAACCAUUUCGAUAACCAAGUAGGAAGAAAAAGUGCAUACAAGCUUAUUAAUUGUUGGUACACAUGUUUAUUUGCUGCAAUGUAACUCAUAAUAUAUGGCCGAACGUUUACGCAACCAAAGAGUUCAGUAUUCUUAUAGAUAUCUUAUUCAAUUAUACAUAGAUAUAACGCGUCGUUCUUCUUCCAAGACUUAACUGUGGAUUGAUCCUUCACGGAAUCCAGAAGGACUACGCUUUGUGAAGUUAGUUAUAAUUCUUAUGAAGAGUCCCCAUCGCGGGUUUUAGACAGACAAUUUGGCGCUAGAUUAUUUUUAACGCAUCUGAUGAUUGCAUGCCUUUUCUGGCUUUUCGAAGUUACAUGGGUAUUAAUUAUUAAGCUUAUUAUUUUAACAGUUAAGAAAAAAAUAUGCAGGUACUUGUGAGUGCUCGAUAUGACUUCCGAAGGUACGUGAAUACGCCAAAUUUUUUGUUUUUUUUCGCGGUAAGGUCCCUUAAUACUUCCGCCCAGACUUGUUGGGGGCGUCUGAGCAGUUAUGUUGGGGUAACCGUUGUUACAGCCGGGCGAAAAGCCGUCCGGACUUGAUCGAGACCUUCAGGUGGCUGCCGAGCCGAGUCCCUAACCCUAUGUACAACUAACCUACGCAACGGCCUACCAACUAAAACUCCGCGGUGGCCCUUUUCGGUGCAUUAGGGACGGCUGCAGGCUUCCUCUGACGCAUAGUGUCUAAGUCUUCGUCCGCAGCCGCCCCUGGGUGGUGCCGCCUAGCGGCUCUUCUCCUAUAGAGGGUGGGAGGGCGGCGGCUCAGAAGCCCCCACGCUACGAAAGGCGCCCUCGGUGUCAACAGCAGCAUGAGGCACACCACCGUCCAUCCCGGGGGUCAAUCGAAGUGUGCAAAGAUCCACAAAACGUACUAGAACGGACAGCCUGCUGUCCGCCGAAAACCCCCUUCGUGGCCCUUAUGAGUCGCCUCUUACGACAGACAGGGGAUACCGUGGUGGAAUUCUCCAAACGCCCCCAUUCCACAGGGCGAAGUGAAUACGCCAACCUCCGUUGAGUUAUCGUGGUACUUAAAGUCCUAAACCCUCGAAAUAAAACUAUUUACAGAUUUUAUCGCGGUUAUACAUAUUACUAUUUUCUCCUAACAUUUAAAAAACUUUGCAACCUUCAUGGUCACGAGAUGAACUAAAUUUUUUUUUGCUGUUGUCGGUCUGUUCGACGCGGAAUGAGCUCAGUGUCUUGAAGUCUGACGCCGGUCUUUUGGGUUCCGUAAAUAGUUUUAUUUCAAUGUCUAACAUUUGCGUAAACAUAAGAAAGCAUUGUCCUAAACCUUCGGUAGUAGAGGAACUCUCGCCCAGAAGACAGUAUAUAUUACAAAACUCAGAGGCAGCUCUAGCUCAUGUGCCGCCCCUGUGCAAGAAAUUCCUUGGAGCCCCCUAGGAGACUACAUUGUCUCUUUAAUAAAUUUUAAAAUAUUACAUCAAACGUUAUUGUAUAAAUUAAAGCCUUAACAAGGGCGCAGAUUGCUUGAAAGCGCCAGUGCCGCGAGCGACACAUGUGUCUUUGAACGUGUCGCGAGCGUCGCUCGGCGCCCCCUAACACGCUGCACCCGUGUGUAGCGCACACCCUGCAGAAUAGGUAAAGCCGCUUUUGACAAAACUAGUAAUAUAAAUAUAAGUAAUUAAUAUAAAUGAUUGGGGGUGCAAUCAUUUCUCUCACUUAAUUCCCUUUUAUGUUCCUUCCAAACCCACCCAAGCUUCCUCUUGUAGCUGUGUGGGUAAUAAGGCGCAGUGGUGUCAUAUUUGGAACUCGUCACCAAAAAUAGACUAUAAUAUAUACUAUUGAAUAGAGCAAAAUAUUUAUUGUUAAGUUUAUGUCCUCUGAGAAAUCAAUAGACCACAGGUAGCUAUUAUCAUUAAUAAUGUAAGGUAGCAAAUAGAAUUAUUUAUUAUUGUUUAUACGAAUUAUAAUAAUGGCUGUGUAUUUUAUGUUUCCUGUGCUAUAAAUAUAAUUAAAAAUAAAAUGUGUACACCAUAUUACUUGCUUUAACAGCAUUGGUUCUGCGAUCUUGGUUGCCACAUGCUAAUGGAGACAAAAUAUACAAGCAUUUUCAAUAAAAAAUCCGAAUCUCAAUCUUCAAUGAGAUUCCAGAAAUGAAUCGAUCAAAAUAAACCAUUUGUAAGCGUCAAAAUAAUCCCUGGUAUGAUUGGUUCAUUUUAGAGACAAAUCGAAAAAAACGAUUGAGAUCAUUUAUUGAAAAUGAUGGUUAGUAAAAUAAACCGAAAAUAAACAUCGUGUAGAUAAUUUACAUUUAAAACACACACACUCUUUUUCUACUAAUGGGUCAAUUAUGGCCAACUUGAUUUGAAAAUGAAAUUAGGAUAAUAAAUAUUUUUUUUUAAAUUAAGAUACGUGUUCACAGACCUUUCUCGAAUUGAAUUACCAUAUUAUGUUAGUUUUUAACGAUAGCCAUCGAUAUUUUUAGUUGUGUUCAAUGUUCCAUAAAAUUUGUUUUAGUUAUGAGACGGGUCACUCCUGACCCGCUGAAACAUUGACGGGUCAUUCCUGACCCGCUGAAACAUUGACGGGUCAUUCCUGACCCGCUGAAACAUUGACGGGUCAGAAGUGACCCACUGAAGCUGUAAAGCUUAAUUUACGGCCAAAACUCAAUGUAAUGUUAAAAGGAUGGAUGAUUGGAUAAAA